AUGAAACUAUUGAUUGUACUCGUGUUGUACGCCGGAGUUUGCUAUGCUGCAGACACUGAAUACUUGGGCCACCUUCCGAUGGAGAACCCAGAUCUGCUUGGAGGAGACAUGUUGGGCUUUGAGGAUGUAGAAGAUCGCAAUGCUAUUGUAGACAAAAGGCAGAUCUGGCCAAAUGGAGUGGUUCCCUAUGUUCUAGAAGAAGGGAUAUAUAAAACUGUCCCUCAGGCAGUAAUGACGAAUGCUAUGUGGCUGUACAAGAGAGACACCUGCAUCCGUUUCGUGCCACGUACUGACGAAAAAGACUACAUCAGGAUAUUCCCUGGGCAAGGGUGUUACUCUCACGUGGGAAAAACGGGCAACGCUCAGCCCCUGUCCCUGGGUCAGGGCUGCGGCUACAUGGGCACCGUGCUUCAUGAACUGGCUCACGCGCUGGGCUUCUACCACGAGCAGAACAGGUCGGACCGGGACGACUAUCUCACCAUAUUCUGGGAGAAUAUCAAGGAGGGCAUGGAGGAUCAGUUCUUCAAGUUGAAACCUGACCAGAACCAACUGUUGACGCAAUUUGAUUACGACUCUCUUAUGCUGUACGGGUCGUACACCUUCUCUAAAGACCGGAGGAACUUGAAGACCAUGGUUGGAAAAGACGACAGGUAUCUCAAGGACGUAAUCAACAAGUACUUCCUGAGCGCCAGCGACCUGAACCGGAUCAAGAUGCUCUACAAAUGCCCUUGA